UGUGACGUGCGUGGACGGGGAGGAGGAGAUGGAGGUGGGGGAGAAGGAGGAUCCUGGAGAAGGUUUGGAGAAGGAAAGGGAAAGUGUGGGGAUUUGUGGUGAAAGGGAAACUGUGGAAGAAGGAAUGUUGAAAGAAGAGGAAUUGGAAAAGGAGAAGGAAAAGGAAAAUGAGAUUAGUAAUGGAGGAGAAUCUAUAGAAGGAGAAAUAUUAAAGGAAAAGAAGAUAAGUAAUGGAAGAGUAUCUAUAGAAAGAGAAAUAAUAAAAGAAAAGGAGAAUAUGGAAAUUAGUAAUGGAGAAGAAUCUAUAGUAGAAGGAAUGUUGGAGGAAGAGGAAUUAGAAAGGAAAAGCACAAAGAUAAGUGAUGGAAAGGAAUAUGUAGAGAGAAAGAAAAGAAAGGAAGAGCGUGAAGAAAAGUCUGAAAAAGUAAUUGAAAGUGAGAUAUUGAAAACAAAUAAUGAAAACACGAAUCUAAGUGCAUCCGAGUUAAAAAUUGAAGAGGAAAUUUCUGUCGAUGAAAAAGAAAAAUUAGACGAAACGGAUGACACGUUAAUCGAUAUGAAAUCGAGAUCAAAUGAGGAAGAAUCUGUCGAUGUAUCGAUACACUAUCGUAUUUCCGACACUUCAAACGUCAGUGAACGCACUAUGACGGAAAACGUAGAAGAAGAAUCUAAAUUGACCGAAAAUCGAAACGUUUCGAUGGUGAAAUCGAAAGAAAUCGAGGUAUUGAAAAUAGACGGUGAUAGAAAAAUGGAGAAAUCUGUGGAGGGAAGAAAAUUGGAUUUGGAAAGUAAAGCAGAAGAUUUCGAGGCAUUAACCGUGAAGUCAAAAUUAACUGACAAAGAUGACGUAGAUUCCAAAAGCGAAACGUUGACUAAGCAAUUUCUAAAAAAAGAAGAAGAAGAAGAAGAAGAACCUUCGAAAAAUAAUAUCGCGCAAAUUUCCAAGACCGACGAGGAAUCGGAUCGAUUAAACGAAACUAACGAAAAAUUGGAGCAAAAUAAGCGAUCGACGACGAGUUAUCACGAAUCAUCGAUCUCGAAAUCAAUUUUGAGAAAAAUCACGAGUGAAGAAGUGUCUUCGUUGACCAAAGAUUCGUACGAAAUUUCACGCGACACGACAGGAACGAAGAGGAAACGUCCUCCAACACCGCCGAAAAGAUCGUCCAGCCUUUUGCAAGAAAGAUCGUCCCACUCUCCGCUCCGUGGAAAAAGGGAGAGCAAAGAGAGCAUUGGGGAGAUGGAGGACACAGCUACCUCCUCGGGAUUGCAUCGAGAUUCCACGGAAAGUUGGACGACGAGGGAAAAUAUUGGCACCACGAGAACAUUAUUGACGAUAAUAUCCCAGAGUGACGCUGGCGUCGAAAAUAUUCGCGACACCUUAAGCAACGUGGACACCGUCUCCCUACCCGAGAGGGACAACAUCUUGGACGAUUUGAAGGAGUUUGGGGGGAGGAGUGUUUGUCUCGAGAACGACGACAACACGGACGAGUUGCGCAAGUACGUGGAGAAUGGCGCCAGGCUUGGCAAUGGCGCAAGUUCUGAAAUAAAACGUGACUACUUGCAUCGAGAGACACGCGAAAAAUCGCCGGUGUCCGUGUCGUGUACGAAACAGAGCGUGGACGGGCUACCCGUGAAAGGAGUAGCGAAAAUUGUCAUGGAGCAAUGUCGGGAGGAAAAAUCGUUGGGCUCCGGUACGAGUUCGAAACUUCGAGAGAGGGAAUCCGUGGAAAGAAUAGAGAAAAUUGACGUGGAAUCUCGAGAGACGCGGGAAGAAUCAACGGCGUCCAUUUCGAAACGAAGCGCGGACGCACCUGUGGAACGAAUAGUGAAAAUUGACGUGGAAUCGUCUACGAUCGACGAAUCCGACGAAGCGAGAAUUUCCGAGAAAUUUGAAGAAAAAGAAAGGAAAAAGGUUUCUGACGGAAAACCUGUGGAAAGAAUAGUGAAAAUUAACGUAGAAUCGUCCAGCGAAAAACCGGACAAAACGAAGAUUUCCAAAAAAUGUGAAGAGGAAGAAGAGGUUUCGUACGAAUUACACGAAAAGUCACUAGAAUCCAUGUCGAUAAAACAGAGUGUGGAGAAACCUGUGGAAAGGAUAGUGAAAAUUGUCAUGGAGCCAUCUUCUACCGACAAAUCUGAUAAAGUGAAAAUUUCUGAGAAAGAGAAAGAAAAGAAAAAGAUUUCUGAUGAAAAACCUGUCGAAAGAAUAGUGAAAAUUAACGUUGAAUCCACCGAUGAAUCUGACAAAACGAAGAAAUGUGAAGAGGAAGAAAGGAAAAAAGUUUCGUACGAAUUACACGAAAAAUCACUAGAAUCUAUAUCGAUAAAACAGAGUGUAGACAAACCUGUGGAAAGAAUAGUGAAAAUUAACGUAGAAUCGUCCACUGAGAAACCGGAUAAAGUGAAAAUUUCUGAGAAAGAGGAAGAAAGGAAAAAGCUUUCUGACGGGAAACCUGUCGAAAGAAUAGUGAAAAUUAACGUUGAAUCGUCCGAUGAAUCUGAUAAAACGAAGGUUUCCAAGAAAUGUGAAGAGGAAGAAAAAGAUUUCUGACGAAAAACCUGUCGAAAGAAUAGUGAAAAUUAACGUUGAAUCGUCCACCGAAAAACCGGACAAAACGAGGAUUUCCAAGAAAUG